UUAUAUCAGCCGGCGACGCGGUGGGAGGAGUCAUUCGCCGUGGAGCCGCUGUCCCUAGUGCAUCGCGCUGCGACUUUGCGUGCUGCGUCAUCGAUUUCGAGGCCCUCUCUUCGCCUUCAGACGCCUCCGCUUCGUGCGUGCGACCUUGAACGAGAGAUUCGGCCAGGUUGAUCGUCUCGACGCAUCCGAGCCGCGAGGGGUGAGCUCUCCCACGUGGUAGCGCAUCUUGGAAAAUUCAUCCCAGGCGCAGCGAGCCGUCCAAGGAGACACGGGAACUACCUCCGGAUAAAGGAGUGACCGACAGAAUGACCUGCGAACAGCUUCACCUGGCGCCUGCACCUGUGCCCACGGAGAGCUUCAAGUUCCCCUGGAAGGGGCAGAAGGGCCCGAAGUCCAGGCGAGGGUGCAGAGUGACCUGCGGCAUGCUGCCCACCCUGAGGGUGCUGGCCUCGAGAGAGUGUCUAGGCCAGGGCAGCGUCUGUCUGGUGCCCCUGGACGUCGAGCUGGACUCCGCCAGUCACCUGCAGUUGACGUUGCUCGAGGCGUACUGCCGUGAGAUCGGCGUCGAGGUGACCAGGGUCACCGAGGACAGUCUCAGAUCCGCGCUGGGCCCGGGCCAGGCGGACCUCUCCUGCGUCCUGGUGACCAAUGACGACGACUACUUCCUGGAGUCCCCGGAAUGAGUCCUCGGACACCUCGAGACUACUUUGAACGAGUUUCGGAUGGAAGCUCGAAAUACGGUCUCUGGAACCCGCCGAUGCCGAGUCGUUGGCCGAGGAGAGGUGCAGCGCGCGAAGACCCUUGGACCGGUCGCCCCUUUUUAAAGGUGCGAAAGCCGCACGAUGAAGAUGCUCCCAAGAGAGUCAAGGCCGCCGGCUGGACUCUCCAGGAAGCCAGAAGAGGACUCUCUUCCUUCGCUUCCUCCGUUUCGAUAUCAUCGUUCGAUUGAACGUGUAUUCCAUGUAUCGUUAUCAUAAGACGAGUGACGAAUAAACAGACGAUGGUUACGUAAA